AUGAAUACGCGCCAGUUUGGAAACAUGAAAGUUACAUGGAUUGGUGAUAAUGCAACCGAGAGAAUACUUCCAUUAUCGCUGUUUAAAGAUGUUCCAGAAGAAAUUAUCAAAGAAUGUCAUAUUGAAAAUGGAAUUCAGUCUUCAUUUAGCGCAUUUUUAGUAGAGCUUAGCGACAUUACAAUUUUAAUCGACACUGGAUUGGGAGUCCCAGAUAGUCUUCUUAUUCCAAAGCUGAAACAAUUAAAUUACACUCCAGAUGACAUCAAAUACAUCUACAUUACUCAUUUCCACGGAGAUCAUAUAGGUGGACUUAUGAGAAAUGGUGAACGUGUUUUUAAGAAUGCCACCCUUUACAUUUGCAAGGCAGAAUACGAUGGUUGGAUGAAUUAUCCAGAAGAAAAGAAGGCCCAAUCUGUUAAAACAACAGAAGCAUAUAAAGAUCAGAUUCAUUUCUUCAAUUAUGGAGAUGUCCUUCCUGGAGGCGUCAAAACAUUAGAUUGCAGCGGUCAUACUCCCGGCCAAACACUUUAUGAGAUUGGUGGCGCCCUUUUCUGCGCUGACCUCCUUCAUGGCGUGGCACUUCAGAAGAAUCACCCUGAAUUUUGUGCAAGUUACGACGCAAAUCCGACAAACUCUGUUGCAAAAAGAAAACAAUUCAUUCAGUAUGCCAAGGAGAACCAUCUUGUUUUGUACGGAUGCCAUUUCCCAGAUCCAGGAUAUAUUGAAUUCUAA